AUGUCCGUCACAACUAAAGCCACCAUUGCCUCCUUCGGCGGCAAGCUGCUCCAGCUUAGCCACAAUGCCACCACCACUCGCUGCGAGAUGAACUUCAACCUCUACUUGCCCCCCGCAGGCCCAGACCCAGAAGCCAACUGCUCCGAGAAGGGCUUCUUCCAGCACGCCGCCAGCAAGAAGGGCAUUGCUGUGCUCUACCCCGAUACUAGCCCACGUGGCCUCAACAUCCAGGGCGAAGAUGACUCCUACGACUUUGGCACUGGCGCCGGCUUCUAUGUCGAUGCUACCAAGGCCCCUUACAAUGCCGGCUACAACAUUAUCACUGGCCACAGCAUGGGUGGACAUGGGGCUCUGACGCUUUUCCUUCGCAACCCGGGCAAGUACAAGUCGGUCUCUGCCUUUGCUCCUAUCAGCAACCCCAUCAAGGCGCCCUGGGGCCAGAAGGCUUUCAGCGGGUACUUUGGUGAGGACCAGCAGGAGAAGUGGAAGGAGCAUGAUGCGACCGAAUUGAUUAAGAAGUGGAGUGGAGGCCCUCUCGAUAUCCUUAUUGACGUCGGUACCGGUGACAACUUCUACAAGCAGGGCCAACUUCUCCCUGAGAACCUCGAGGCGGCUGCCAAGGAAGCUGGUAUCAACGGCGUGAAGGUGCGCUACCAGCCAGACUACGACCACUCCUACUACACCAUGGCCACUUUCUCGGACGACCACGUCGAGCACGCCGCCAAGUACCUGCUAUAG